AGAAGCGUUGGAGUACUCUGUUUGCGGUUUGAAUACGUUGGGCGAUCAAGUUGAUAAUAACGACGAAAUAAAACAAAUCAAUCUCUUACAUAUUCUAUGCCAUCUAAUAACGACGAAACAAAUUGAACACAGUUGUACUGUCAUAAGUGUAAAUAUUCUAAGCCAAAGGAGAGGAAGUUGCAAUGCACAUAGCAGGAAGGUGCCACGCUACUCACAUUAUGCACGGAGCCAUGGUUGACGAGUCAAUGCAAAAAUUAAACCAGACCCUUCAACCCAACUCUUUAUAAAUUCUUCAUUAUUGCAGUCACUUUUUAUAGUAUACAUUUGGAUAUUCUCUUCUAUGCGAUUGCAAGCUACACUCUUACUUUUUCUGGUGCCUUAGUAAAACCCUGUUCCUCUUCUUCCUUCACCAACCACAAACACAGUAUCUUAGAAACACAGAUCAAAAUCUACACGCUCGUCCACGCUGUAAUGGCAGAGAGUGUAGUUUCCUUCGUUUUGGAUCACUUGGUUCAGCUUGCGGCACGCGAAGCUAACUUGCUGUAUGGCGUGGAGGACAGGGUCCAGUCCCUCCAGUACGAACUUCAAAUGAUCAAAGAACUCCUCAAUACCACAAAGAGAAAGAAGGGAAUGGAACAUACAGUUUUGAACCAAAUCAGAGAUAUGGCCCACGUAGCUGAGGAUGUCAUCGACACAUUCGUAGCCAAAGUUGCCAUUUACAAGAGGAGAACCAUUCUUGGGAAGAUGCUCCGUGGCUUUGCCCAAGCAAGGUUGCUCCACCACGUAGCCGACAAAAUAGACAAUAUCAAAGCCACUCUCAACGAAAUACGCGACAAUAAAGACAGAUACGGUGCUUUCAAAGAAACCAAUAAUCAAUCCGCAGCAGAAGAAGAGGAAGAGGAAAAAAGGGUGCAAUCACAGCUAAAGAAGCUAAGAAGAAAUGUGGAGGAAGAAGAUGUGGUUGGGUUUGUGCAGGAGUCCAAGGAUAUCAUCAAGCGACUCCUGGAAGGUGGUUCAAAUCGUAAAGCUGUCUCUAUCAUUGGCAUGGGGGGAUUGGGGAAGACCACCCUUGCCCGGAAGGUCUAUAACAGCACCCAGGUGGAACAACACUUCAUGUAUCGUGCAUGGGUUUAUGUGUCAAACGAGUGCAGAGUUAAGGAUCUUUUGGUCGGCCUUCUCAAGCAUUUGAUGCCAAAUUUUGAAAAGCAAAGUAGAGGCAACAAAAAAGGUAAGAAAGGCACUGGAGACAUUGACAGCCUGAAUGAGGAAAAGCUGAAGAUACCGGUGCAGAACUGGUCGAAGAGGAAAAUGUAUCUUUUGAUGCCAAAUCUUGAACAGCAAAGUAGAGCCAACAAAAAAGGUAAGAAAGGCACUGGAGACAUUGACAACCUAAGUGAGGAAGAGCUGAAGAUACUGGUGCGGAACUGCUUGGAGAGGAAAAGGUAUCUUGUGGUGGUAGAUGAUUUGUGGAAAAGGCAAGAUUGGGACGAGCUCCAAGAAGCUUUUCCGGAUAACAACAGCGGGAGCAGAAUAUUGAUCACUAGUCGUUUGAAAGAGGCUGCCUUGCAUACUGCUAAUGAUGUUCCUCACUAUCUUCAAUUCCUCAGUGAAGAAGAGAGUUGGGAGUUGUUUUGCAAGAGAGUAUUUAGGGGUGAAGACUGCCCUUCUGAUUUGGAGGCUCUGGGAAAGCAGAUGGUUCAAAGUUGUCGUGGUUUGCCACUCUCCAUCAUUGUCUUAGCAGGGAUGCUAGCCAAUAAAGAAAAGUCACAUAGAGAAUGGUCUAAAGUGGUGGGUCAUGUUAAUUGGUAUCUUACUCAAGAUGAGACCCAAGUAAAGGACAUAGUUCUCAAACUCAGCUAUGACAACUUGCCAAGGAGAUUAAAACCAUGCUUUCUCUAUCUCGGGUUAUUUCCCGAAGACUUUGAAAUACCUGUUACACCAUUAUUGCGAAAAUGGGUUGCGGAGGGUUUUAUACAAUAUACAAGGAACAGAGACCCAGAUGACAUUGCGGAAGACUACUUGUACGAGCUCAUUGAUCGUAGUUUGGUCCAAGUAGCAAGAGUGGAGACUAAUGCAGGUGUAAAGACGUGCCAGGUUCAUGAUCUUCUUCGAGAUCUUUGCAUAUCAGAGAGCAAAGAGGACAAAGUUUUUGAAGUUUGCACAGACCAAAACAUUCUAGUCCCAACAAAACCUCGCAGACUAUCCAUUCACAGUAAGAUGGAUCACUACAUUUCGUCAAGCAACAAUGACCAUUUAUGUAUCCGUUCCUUGUUUUUCUUUGGCUCAGAUUACUAUGUUGAUAGGAGGGAGCAGAAGUGGCUUUUGAAAGACUUCAAAUUGGUUCGAGUGUUGGAGCUCGCACCAAAGAGCUGUGGAAAGAUACCUUCUAACAUCGGAAACUUGAUGCACUUAAGGUACUUGAGAAUAGACUCACAACAUAUAACAUUUGUUCCAGAUUCAAUACUUAACCUGUGUUCUCUACAAACAAUAGACUUAGGUGAUUGGACCCAGAACGAUCCAAUUUCUUUUCCUAUCAAAAUGUGGAAACUCAAACAUUUAAGGCAUUUGAAUACACGGGGGCCUAUCAAGUUACGAGGCAGUUGUUUAGGAUCCGGUGAGAAGAUGUGGAAUCUACAAACCAUCUCUCCCCUUGUACUCAAUAAGCAAGCAACAUCUCUGAUAGAGAAAGGGACAUUCCCCAAUAUUAAGAGAAUAGGGUUGAACGUGGUUUCUGGUAAAGGAGAAUUAUCCAAAUUAUUGCAGAGCUUACUACUUUUAAGGUAUUUGAACAAGUUAGUUAUCGUCCUCCGAGAUAGUUAUGAUACAACCAUAACAGUGCAUGAGGGCGUGGAAAGGAAGAACGGUUGCAAGCCGCAAGAACUUUUUCAAAGCCUAGGACAAUUUAGUUCUCUAACUGUCUUAGAGAUUGGUAACGUUAUGGACCUUCUAACUUGUGCACUCAUAUUUCCUCCAAACAUUACAGAGUUAACAUUGUCGAAGAUUAUGUACAUCACUGAUGAGGGGAUGAAUGGUUUGGGAAAUCACGCCAAACUCAAAAUUCUGAGGCUUUUGGGAGAUUUAAUCUUUUGGCCUUUUAAUUCCUAUGACCUUACUUGUGUUGGAGGCAGCUUCCCACAACUAGAAGUGUUUCAAAUGGAAUAUUUGAAAGUUGAAAAGUGGAAUUUAGGCAACGGUGCAAUGCCGAGGCUUCAAAGUUUGGUGAUCAACUUUUGUGGAAAGUUAGAUAAUCUCCCAAAUGAACUCUGGUCUUUGAGUGACUUGAAAAAAGUGCAUGUAACGAAACCCUCAGAACAAAUGACUCGCAUCUUACAAAAUUUGGAAAUCAACAAUGCGGUUAAACUCGUCACAGAAGAUCAUCCACCUGAGAUGGAUGAGAGGGAUUUGAAUCAUUUGAACUAUAUUCUGAAAGGAUUUGGUUAUAAUGACCCUUAGUUUAAAGGGAUUUAGGUGCUUCGUUGAUGUGGAAUGAGUGAGAAACUGAGACAUGUAAUAGCAAAUGUCCUUAAUAAUAUAUACACAUAAAAUUCUUCUGCUUAUUUCUCCACCAGCUGAAAUCUUAGAAAGGUGGGAUUAA